GGGAACGCCGGGAGCCGCGGCCGCAGCUGCUCGGGUCUCACGGAGCCGCACGAGCGCGGCGGCGGCGGCGGGGCCGCUGCUCCGCCCAGGGGCGGGCUGCGCGCUCUCCCGCCCCCGACGGGCCGCCGUCCCCGCCGCGGUUCCCGCCGCCGCCGCCGCCGCCAUGGAGGAGCAGAAAGAGAACCGCCCGCAGGCCGCCCGGGACGAGGCGGCGGCUGCUCCAGCAGCCCGGCCGCCGACAGCAUUAUAAGAUCGGUGAUCAAGAAACUAAUGGCAAAACUUCAGCUGCCAGUUCAAACGACUUCAGUGAUCCGAUUUACAAAGAAAUCGCUAUAACCAAUGGUUAUAUCAACAGAAUGACCAGAGAAGAGCUCAGAAGUAAACUCGCAGAGUUCAAGCUUGAAACCAGAGGAGUGAAAGAUGUACUGAAAAAGAGAUUGAAAAAUUAUUAUAAGAAACAGAAGCUGAUGCAGAAGGAACACAUUAGUGGAGACAGCUGCUAUGACUACAUCUGUGUCGUUGACUUUGAAGCAACAUGUGAAGAAGGAAAUCCGCCUGAAUUUGUACAUGAAAUAAUUGAAUUUCCUGUUGUCUUAGUAAACACGCGUACCCUGGAAAUAGAGGAUACCUUUCAGCAAUACGUGAAGCCAGAGAUUAAUCCCAAGCUUUCAGACUUCUGCAUCAGUCUGACAGGAAUAACCCAGGACAUUGUUGAUAAAGCUGAUAUUUUUUCUCAAGUUCUGCAGAAUGUCAUAGAGUGGAUGAGACAACGAGAACUGGGAACAAAGUACAGCUAUUCCAUGUUGACUGAUGGAUCUUGGGAUAUGAGUAAAUUUUUGAACAUCCAGUGCCGUAUUAGCCGUAUCAAAUACCCUUCUUUUGCAAAAAAGUGGAUCAAUAUUCGCAAAUCAUAUGGGAACUUCUAUAAGGUUCCUAGGAACCAGACCAAGCUGACAAUCAUGCUUGAAAAUCUGGGCAUGAAUUAUGAUGGGAGACCUCACAGUGGACUUGAUGACUCUAAAAACAUUGCAAGGAUAGCUAUAAGGAUGCUUCAGGAUGGCUGUGACCUGCGGGUGAAUGAGAGAAUUCACGGUGGACAGCUGAUGACAGUCUCCUCCUCAGUCCCCUUAGAGGGAGCCCCUGCUCCACAGAUGCCCCGCUACAGAAACUAGCAGUUCAGGGCUCUGCCCCGGGAGCUGCCUUCAGACACCUGCUAAAGACUCCAGAGCUUAUUAAAUGGCCACCUCUGCCAGCUUGUCUGCCAUGCAGAAUCCUAAAGCACCUUAACUAAUCAUCUCUGUUGAAAUAAAGAGGAGCAUGGAAACUGUUUGUUCUUUGAAGCCUAUUACAGCAAUUUCUUUUUGUACUGAUGAUUUCCAUUGUUGUUUCCAACUUUGCUAGCAGUGAGGUUGAUAUCUGGAAUCCAGAUGAAGUGUUAAGCUUUUAAGAACAUGUAAUUUGAACACCUGCUAAGAGGGAUUGGGCCUGUGUGCUGCUGUUCCACCCCAGCCUGUGGGCAGUAUUUGUUCACUGUGAUGUACUCCAAUGAUAUCUAGCAUCUGCUUAUUCAUUGCACACAAAUAAGCCAUUCCUGGAAGAACUGAAAGAGCAGUGGUUGGGCUGGCCCUUCCUGAUAAGGCACUCUGCUAAGGGUUCCUACCAAUUUUUUGGUUUUUUACAAAGUCUAGGAAAAAUGGGUGUGCAUUCAUCAGUUCUAAAGCAGUAGAGGAGUACUCUGUUGUUUGGGGUUCUUCUUUAAGGGAUAUGUUUGUCUAUUUCCCCAUCAAAUGGAAGAGCUAGGUGUUGAAUAAAAAUUUCAUUAAUGUAGUAUGAUUGUAUUUCUCUAACCUCUGUUUCAAAAGAGAAGGUUCUUUAGAUUUUCACUUUAAGGAUCCCAUCUCCUAUUCCUACAUAGCUGCCCUUCAUUUAAUGUUGUUUUUAGACAUCAUCAGCCAUUUGCUCUUAAAAAUGAGUGAAGUAAAAGUAAGUUCAAAACAUGCCAAGUUGUCAAAAUUUCAUGCUCUGUGAUUAUUACAUAAAAUGAAACAAGAAGCUUCUCAUUCAUGGCUAAAGACAUGUUCAGCUAUUUUUGGUAUCUUCUUGUGCUUCUGCCACCAUGAAGUUAUGCCUUUAUUACAAAAUCUAGCAUUGGAAGAUUAAUAUAAUUUUAUUAUGAAAGGCCACAGUUAAUUGCUAGCAACUUCUGCUUAUUCCCCGGGCCUCAGAUAAGAUGAUAUACAAAAGAGGCCAAAUUUGCUUUGUCUCCAUGAGCUGUUACAAAGUGCACCAUUAAUGUGAUCAACUUUGCAUUAGAAUGGCUUGUUCUGAAAAGUGGAAUAAUGUAUUUUGGUUGCUCUAAGUUUGAAGAAAAAAAAAAAAGAAA